AUGCUUUCCAUGACGUACAGCGAGAGCCUCCGCAGCGUGGCCAGCCGGCACCCCCCGGAGUGGGGGUUGCUGCCGGCCUCCCGCCCGGCCGACGGGCUGGAGCUGCGGCGGCUGCGGGACGUGCGGGCGGCGGCACGGGCGAAGACGCUGGAGGAGUUCCUGCGGAUGCAUGGACUGUCCCUGGCCGACAGCACCGCCCGCACCACCGGCAUGAAGUACAGGAACCUGGGCAAGUCUGGGCUGCGUGUGUCCUGCCUGGGCCUGGGGACAUGGGUGACAUUUGGAGGGCAAAUCACAGACGAGAUGGCAGAGCAGUUGAUGACUUUAGCCUACGACAAUGGCAUUAAUCUCUUUGACACGGCAGAAGUCUACGCCGCCGGCAAGGCUGAGGUGGUGCUGGGGAACAUCAUCAAGAAGAAGGGGUGGAGACGGUCCAGCCUGGUGAUCACCACCAAAAUCUUCUGGGGAGGAAAGGCUGAGACAGAGAGGGGCCUGUCCCGGAAGCACAUCAUCGAAGGCCUGAAGGCGUCGCUGGAGCGGCUGCAGCUGGAGUAUGUGGAUGUGGUGUUUGCCAACCGGCCCGACCCCAACACACCCAUGGAAGGGGACCUAUUUAGUUCCUCCAAGUCCAGGACUUUCAUCGUGGAAGAGACGGUGCGAGCCAUGACCCACGUCAUCAACCAGGGGAUGGCCAUGUACUGGGGGACCUCGCGCUGGAGCUCCAUGGAGAUCAUGGAAGCUUACUCAGUGGCCAGGCAGUUCAAUCUGAUCCCGCCCAUCUGCGAGCAGGCCGAGUACCACAUGUUCCAGCGGGAGAAGGUGGAGGUGCAGCUGCCUGAGCUCUUCCACAAGAUAGGUGUGGGAGCCAUGACCUGGUCCCCACUGGCGUGUGGCAUCGUCUCGGGGAAGUAUGAUGGAGGCAUCCCCCCCUACUCCCGUGCCUCGCUGAAGGGAUACCAGUGGCUGAAGGACAAGAUCCUGAGCGAGGAGGGCCGGCGGCAGCAGGCAAAGCUGAAGGAGCUGCAGGCCAUUGCUGAGCGCCUGGGCUGCACCCUGCCCCAGCUCGCCAUCGCCUGGUGCCUGCGCAAUGAGGGUGUCAGCUCCGUCUUGCUGGGUGCCUCCAAUGCCGACCAGCUGAUGGAGAACAUCGGUGCAAUACAGGUCCUUCCGAAGCUGUCGUCUUCCAUCGUCCACGAGAUCGAUAGCAUCCUGGGCAACAAACCGUACAGCAAGAAGGAUUACCGCUCCUAG